GAUAUGUGCAUUGUGAGCUCAUCGGCGCAGCCGAGAAGGCCCAUGAUAUACACAGGGAAGGGAAGAGGCUGCAGCUGUACGGGUGCCCACUAGUGUUGCAGGCAUUGCGUUUCGACUCGGUCGACACUGGUACAGCUGUCGAGCCUGAACCGCUUGUGCGUCCGAGGAUAAAGUUCUACACUGCCUUUAUUUUGUCAAGACUGAUACACAAAGAUACUGCCAUUGGUAGCGUUCCGAAGAGAUACGGUGUGAUGAAGGCCAAGCGCAUGGCAGAUCAAAGCUUGCCAUGGAACAGUGAAAAUCUUAGGAGCAAGAUCGAGGAGGUGAUUUAGUUAAAUGGAGUUUUCUGUUUUAAGCAGUCUGCAUAACUGAUGGGCACUAAGCAUUUGUAUUGUCUUUGAGGCCAAGGCUUUCAUAGAUAGAUCACUAAAAGAGCACGGGCUGGCUAGUGCGGAGCGCAACACCUUGUUCUUUCGUAACUUAAGUGCACUUAACGACGGGACAAUCACCUGCAUGAACGAAAACAUGUACAGAGAGAUUGAAAGGCACCUUGCAAACGAGAGGGUGAUGACCAUGCGGCACAUGCAAGCUUUGCUACAGUAUGUGGAGGGGUUGGGCCUGGGUGAUUCAGUAAUAGAGCUUAAAAACCAAGUGAUUGCAAGCGCUGCACAAUCAGGCGCCUACCAGGGGAGCGGUUCCGGGGAAGGCUGCAGUGGAGCGCAAGCAGGAGAACCUGACGAAAUGAUCCCCACGCUGGCGUCCUUCGUCCUGUUGCCGUCCGUCCAGCGCCAGAGGCGCCCGCUAGCUCUGCCCACGGCAACAUUGAGCACGUCGACACAGGUUCGUUCUUUUUGCUGCCUGGCCAACCACACGCCAACAACCGCAGCGGUCCAGUUUUGCAGGGUAUGCCAAUAUACAUGUCCAUGGGGUCUUUUGGCCAGUUAUAUCUAGAUGGUGGCUUGGAGAAUGUGGUGCAGCCUGCCCGGGGUGGCCAGCAUGAUCUAGGAGCUGGGGUGCAGGCUGUUGAUAAUAUGGGUUUUGUGCACCUGGGGAAGAGGAAGGAAAGGGACGUGGAGGAGACGAACGAGGUCAUUUUUUACCAGGGCAAGCCUGUCCGUGAACUAAACUUGCUAGCGGGAUUUGCUAACGAAGCCGAUGGGAGGAAGAUCGUUACGUCGACGGAGAAUGGUGUCUCACCAUUCCGCAUCCCCGAAUUCAAUUACGAAUUCGUGUCCCCUAUGGUUGCCCAUGCUGCAUGGAUAAAAAUCCAGCAGCUAUCCCAGGAUGUAAUGAACAGAGUCUGGGUCGAUGCACAGGGGCCACCUCAUGUGAAAAUGACUGGCUAUGAAAUUUAUGAAAACUUCUGUCAGACAAUGAAUGACAAGGGUUUCGAAGUUGCAAACAUGAUGAUGAGGGAACAGGAUGGAAGGUGGUACGCGCCUUCAGACAGGGCACGCUUCCAUCACCCAAUGCCGCCAUACUUUGCGUCCCGGAUCAUGGAGGGAGGCAACAGCUUCUUGAGCGAUCCUUUAAUAAAAAACUUGUUUGUUGGGGAGCAUCUGGGAUAUGAUGUGGAGACGUGCCGCCUGAUAACUGUGUCGUUGAAGGGCGAGGGAGGUUUCCAUGUGCUCUAUGUUUUCGACAUGCUGAAGAAAAUUGCACAUGUGAUGGAUCCGAAGCGUACGCAGUGGAACCUUCUGGAACUGGAGAGGAAGCACGCACAAGUCAUGGACAGGAUGAUAUAUGGGUUGUGCAAGUGCAUUGACAAGUUCUUCAAAGGGUGGCACGUCCGAGAGGAUGAAUUCAUAAGGAAGGCUCACCGAGAGCUGCAUGCGCCACCGAACAGCUUUGAUUCGCCUUUCUACACUCUUCACUACACUACGUGCUUUGAUGGGGAGCUCAUGACAGAAGGGAUGUGGGCGGACAAGAUGUUGCGAUUCAAGCAGAAGCUCAUGAUGCUUGUGCUUACCAUGCCAGCAAACAACGCCCUGCCUGCAGGCACCGUCAUCAACCCUCGUGUCUGAGGCCUCUCCGGUUAUCAAAUCCCCCGUUUAAAAAUGGCUGCUGCCCCUAGUUUGUAAUUUGAACUCCAAAUAUUAUUUGUAUAAUUAGAACUGCCCAUGCCAAGAGGUUUAGUCACCAGUGCACUCGUCUUCGUGGUGUAUGGCACAGUUUUGGCCUAUGUGCCAUAUCUUCAGCUUGUAUGGCUGAAGCCCAAAAAUUAUUUGUAUAAUUAA